AUGGCGCCCAGGGAAGCGACUCGGAUCCUGUUGGUUCGUCGACUCAAUAAAGAAGGCCCAGGCGACAGGUCGCUUGCCGAGUGGUGGGAAAGCGAAUGCAGCAGCAAAUCUCCCGAAGCCUCCGCAAUCAAAGAAGCGGCCGAAUUACUUCGGACGAGUGAUAUCCCGGUUGCUUUCCCUACGGAGACAGUAUAUGGAUUGGGGGCAGAUGCAACACGGAGUGAUGCGGUGCGAGGGAUUUACAAGGCGAAGCAACGGCCCUCGGACAACCCAUUGAUCGUCCACAUCGACUCGCUGGAUAUGUUGGAGCGACUCCUCAAUCCGGUGCACACUAGUCCAACACGCGCAACAAGGACAGCGAGGCACUCUAUUCCUACCAUCUACCAUCCUUUGAUUGACCGUUUCUGGCCAGGCCCUCUCACGAUUCUUUUGCCGAACCCCUCGGGAUCGAUCCUCGCAAAGGAAGUCACCUCCAACCUGACUACGUUUGGCGUCCGCAUGCCCUCGUCUCCGCUGGCUCGCCUGUUGAUCCACGUCGCAGACCGACCACUUGCGGCUCCGUCGGCUAACGCUUCUACCAAACCCUCUCCGACGACUGCAGGACAUGUGUGUAAUGAUCUUGAAGGUCGAAUUGAACUGAUACUCGACGGUGGUCCCUGUGGGGUGGGCGUUGAGAGUACAGUGGUGGAUGGGCUGUCCCAUCCUCCGACCAUUUUAAGACCGGGAGGAAUUGGAAUCGAGGAACUACGGACGUGUCCCGGGUGGGACAAUGUGCAGAUUGGGUAUAAUGAUGGGACGCUCGAUGUCAAGGAAGUCCCCCGGGCGCCCGGUAUGAAGUACCGUCACUACUCACCCAAGGCGCGUGUGGUGCUUUUUGAAGCCGAGUCGGACGAACAGGCUGCUUCGAAGCGUAUACGCAAGGACCUGGAGGAUACCGCAGUGGGUGCUCAUAUGAUUGGAAUCCUGCGGACUCGGCACUGGAAGAAGGGCUUGAGGUUGCUGUCGGACGACGAGAUGCAGAAGACCCUGAAGCCUAUUCCCUCACUACACGACGACUUGGUGGGAUUCUCGGUCCCCGUGCAAGACAAGGUCAAUGGAGGCCUUACCACUAAGGAGACGUUUGACUGCCAUCUGGGAGGUGACGUCGAGUCUAUCGCGCACCGACUAUUUUCGGCUCUGCGAGCCAUGGAUGAAAUGGGCGUGGAAGUGAUCUAUGUCGAAGGAAUCUCUGAUCACAGUGGUGAUCUGGCUGCUGCCGUCAUGAAUCGACUUCGGAAAGCCGCAGGAACCGAACUUCGGGUGUAA